AUGUGUGAUUAUGUAGAAACACUGGUUGAGAAAGUGAGUGCUGAGCAAAGGUUGGACCACAAGCAGAUUAUAGGUGCUGUGUGUUUGGUGGCUCGGGCUCUGGUGUGGCCCCUGCGGUGGUCCUGGGCUGGGGUCUCUGCGCUCCUCCUUGUAGCCGUCUUGCUAGCUCGGCUCGGCUCGGCUCACGGCAACUUGCGAGAAAGUGGAGAAGGCAGCGGCUCAAACGGCAGCUCCUCCGCCUGCACAGGCAUAUGCGACGAAUACAAGGUGAGUGAUGGACACGAGAGAGCUGACGGUGGAUAUGCUCGGCUGCCCUCCUCCAAGCACAUUGAAUGGAACUCCCGGAUGGUGUCCACGGUCCACGCCCUGGUCGUAGGCUUCUUUUGUUUAUACAUCUUGUGGUUCGAUGAUGCCGUGAACGACGACCCAGUCUGGGGUGACCCCAGCCUCGUCAAGUUAAACGUAGCCAUCACAUGUGGCUACCUGCUCUACGACCUCGUGCUGCUGGCCUGUAAUUGGAGCACGAUGGGCGACAGCUUUUUUGUCUGCCACCACUUGGCGGCGCUCUAUGCAUAUGGAUAUGUGCUGACACGUGGUGUACUUCCGUACUUCGCCAACUUCCGUCUUAUUUCAGAGCUUUCCACACCAUUUGUAAACCAAAGGUGGUUCUUUGAGGCGUUAAAAUACCCGCGUUCACACCAAAUGGUAGUGCUAAACGGAUUAGCCAUGGCUGUGGUGUUCUUCUUGGUGCGUAUAGCGGUCAUGCCUUCAUACUGGGUCAGUGUCUUCGCCACUUUCGGCACUCCAGCGUUUGAGCGGCUGGGUUUGGGUGCCCAGGUGGCCUGGAUCACGUCCUGUAUUGCCCUGGAUAUCCUGAACACUAUCUGGAUGUACAAAAUCACACGUGGAGCUUACAAAGUGCUGAUGGGUACAAGAGGAAGGAAGGAGAAGGAUGCAGCCGAGUGUUCUGACAAGAAAGAUCAUGUCAAUAACCACACAGACUGA